AGCCGCGGCACGGAGCAGACGCGCAGCGGCAGUGGAGCAGCACCGAGCGGCACAGCAGCACAGACAGGGUCCGAACCGAAACACGCACCGGCUAGUGAACACAGACAGUCGGUAACAGAGCAGCGGGAACCGGUGGGUUUUUACAGCGCAGCGUCCGUAUCAAAGAAGUGCGUUUAACGGGAAGUUUGCUCCCCAGAGCCGCGGCCACCGGAGCAUGAUAGCCGGCGUGGAGAGAAGAGCAUCAGCCUAAACUUCAGCGACUCUUUGAGCUCGCUUUGUACCGGCUUCAUCCGCGUGAAACCCGCAUUUUAUUACGUGGUAGUAGCUGCAGGACUCGCUGAAAAGCUUACUAUAACUUCAUGAACAAAUAAAAUACAGAGUAGCUUAUUUUUUUUUGCCGACAGAGAAGAAAGAAACUCGGAAGCAGAGUUCAGCGGUGGAGAAGUGGAUGUAUUGUCAGCCAUGGAUGUGACAGUUUACCCACCUCCUCCUCAGCCCCUGGCCGUGUCAAACCACACCAGGCUCGGGCAGCUCUCCUACCCGGACCCGGCCUUCGGCAACAACAAGCUGGACGGGGACACCAUGUUCCUGGGUAUGCCAGAAGCAGGCCUUGACUUCGCCUCCACCAAUCAGUUUCGUGUGCCACAGCCCCCUCAGCCUCUCUGCAAGGUGUCGCCAACAAACCAACCCACACAGCACUGGAGGAGGGACACACACAUGCCUGACUCACACCGUCUGCCAUGGUCAUACUCAGUUGGUGGUUUGGGUGAUGAGGACUUCAACAUCCCUCCUAUCACCCCCCAGAACCUGCCAGACCACAUGAUGCCCCCCCACAUCUCACACAAUUCCCCCUCUGGACCAUACCACUCUCUGGAGCCUCCGUCCAGCUCCGCUCCACACCACCUCUACCAGCUGCAGGGCAUGGACCUGCCUGGCAUGUCCGGUGGCCAAGAUGGAGCUGCUAUGUUGAACCAAGAUGGCGGCACGUUCAGCCCAGACAGCGGCCCGAUGACCAGCACACUAUCUGUGAUGCAGCAGAUGGUGAACUCCGAUUCUCGGUUUACCAGCAGCCAACAGCCAAUUGAAGCAGCUCUUGGACCCAGGAACCAAUCAGGCAUGUCUCAACAGAGUCAGCUGUCCACCAUCAACCAAUCCCAGCUGGGGCUCAGCGGCAACUCUGUCACCCAUAAUUCUCCCUCACCUCCAGAGAGUAAAUCUGCCACACCAUCUCCCUCCAGUUCAGCACAUGAGGAUGAGAAUGAUGAUGGACUCAGGCAUGGGAGCGGAGCAGAGAAGCGGCCAGCAACAGUGGACAUCAAGAAACCGAAAACGCCAAAGAAGAAGAAGCGAAAGGACCCCAAUGAGCCAGUGAAACCAGUGUCUGCCUAUGCCUUGUUCUUCAGGGACACCCAAGCCAACAUCAAGGCCCAGAACCCCAACGCCACCUUUGGAGAAGUGUCCAAGAUUGUGGCCUCCAUGUGGGACGGCCUGGGAGAGGAACAGAAACAGUCGUACAAGAAGAAGACAGAGACAGCAAAGAAGGAGUAUCUGAAACAACUGGCUGCCUACAGAGCUAGCCUGGUCUCACAGAGUUACAAUGACCCAUCUGAAAUGAAGCUGCCCCACUCCUCCUCGUCUUCCUCCUCCUCUACCUCAAUGUUUACACCCAAACCUUCAGUCUACACCGGUCACCCAGGCCAGCACCCUUCCUCCAGCUCACUCUCCCACCCUCACUCUCUCCCUCCCCAUCAGCACCCGGGCAUGUACAUGUCGUACCCUCACCCGUCCCAUCCUUCCCACGCCUCAAGCCCCGGCCUCGGCCCUCACCUGUCUCCUCCUCACACCCAGAUCCACCCCCAGCUCCAGGCUCUGUCCUCCAGAGGGACUGUGCCACGGGCCAGUGUCCCGCACCAGGGAGCUCUCUCGCUCGGCAAUGUGGUGACAGCAUCCACCCCUCCCCUCCAUAGCCAGGCACACCUGGGAGGACUACAUAGUCCACACCACCAGCACCAGCACCAGCAGCUCAGUGGACACUCACUGGGAAUGACACACUCACCUAACAUGCCACAGGGCUACCUUCCCUCUCUCCGGUCUGACUACCAGCAAUUAGGAGGAGGUAUGCUUAAUGGUGGAGCGGUGAUGCCAUCAUCAGUGGACUACCACCAGCUGGGUCGACACACACCAAAUCACCACCCCUCUCUGGACUGGAGCACGGAUUACCACGGCAACGGAGCUGUUCAGAGAGACAAAACUCUGUAUCUGAGCUAAUCUCAGGACAAACCUCCGCCAAGCCCUUGAACUGCCACACCACGGAAACCUCCAGCCUCACCUCUACACCAACACAAGCCUCGUCCGGUCUUAACCCAAGAGGGGCUCAACCCACACAGAGACCACCUGAACCUGAACCUGAACCAAACCUGAGGUCAACACUCCAAAAAAAAAGAGCAUUUCUGUGUGUUAAUUCUCCUUUAAGGGACAAGGACAGUGUUACAAACUGACAAGAUCAUCGUCAGAUCUUUUCUCUGCAGAAAAGAAAAUGUGUACAGCAGUGAGAAGUGGUGGGCAGGUACUGUGCUGUGAACCAUGCUGAUAAAUGUAUAUACUUCUGUCCAAUUUCCAGUUAGCCCUCAAAAUUUCAUAUCUACUUUCUCAUUUUGUAAAAAUGGUGUUAACAUCAUUUCAAAGAGUGUAAAUUGCUGUAACAUAAUUUUGUGAGCUGUCGAUCGUUUUCCCCUUUCCCCUUAUAAAUGCUGUAUCCUUCUACAACCAAAGCCAGAGGAGCACAGUACGCAAAUGAAGGGUUAAUAACCCAAUACAACAGAUUCUCACAAAUUGUGUCUCUAAUUAUAUGAAUAUCAGCCUUCGGCUUGAUGUAGUAUGGACUGACGUCCAAUAAAAUGUCUAUAGAGACAAAAAAAACAUGUGAUUCUGAAGCAGUGCUGAACACAGUCGUGACUGAAUUAUGUAGCUUUUAAAAGAAAUGUUAAUUGUUCUCUCGCAGUGAGGCUCACAUGUGCCGGGGUAGAAAUCCAAUGUAUUUUAGUCUUUUGAAAUAAUGAAAUGUCAAAGAAUUCUUUGUUAAAAGAAAAGAAACAAAAAUACUCCUUUGUACAAUGACAGCUCCUCCUCCUGGCAUAUGUCUGUUGAUAAUAUUGAUCUGGAUCCAACCUGCAUGUGUGAGUGUGUGAAGUGUUAAUGAGAGCGAGCAGUUGAUUGGGUUUGCAUGGUCUCUUGUCAUCUCUGUCCCUCUGUGCUGAGAGGCUAUUUAAAAAACUAUAACUAUUGCUGGGUUGGCUGUGUUUUAAUGUUGUUUUUUAAUCAAUUCAAGGUUUGUUUUAGUGUUAAUGAUGAUGAUUGAUGAGAGACAUAUCUCUCGCUCUGUAUCUCUUUGUAUUACUGUGUUUUUUUUGGCAGAUGAAGGAACUCUGGGCAACAACUACCAUGAAGAUUUUUUUAUUUUUAGAUUCUUAUAAUGUGUUUGAGAAUAAAGUCAGUGCUGCAUUGAUGUGCAGUCAUUACUCCAAAA